UCCUCCCAAUUUUUCCAGCGCGCCGCUCAAAGAGCUGCCUGGGAAGGAGAGCGGGAAGCGGACAGACAGGCCGGGGGCUGCCCCUGCCGGUCUUGCUCGGUCACCAUUACAUUCGGCCUCGCAGGAGAGCUUUGUGUUGUCCUCCUCCCCACCCCGCGUUGGUAUCUGACAGAGUCACUCACACCAGCCUCCAGCCAGCCAGCAGCAAGGGAGAGGAAAAGGAGGCGGCGGCCAAGGCGGCCCCGGCUCCUGGUUACUCUCUGGCUUACUCAUUGCUGGGAGGUGGGGGAGGGCGCACCUCGUGGUAGUGGCGGGGGAGGCAGCCGCUGCUUGCCUCACUCCGGCAAGCACAAGUUAAAGAACAAAGACAGGAGAAGCAGAGCGGGAGCCGCUCUCAAUUUACUUUUAUCAGCUCCAGCGGAGGCCGGAGAGCGCUGGCCAUUCAACCCUCUAAAAACAACGGCCGGGAAGUGAUUCUCCUCUCCCCUUGCAUUUUCCCUUAAGUUUCUUUUUACUUCCCCCCUUCCCCCAUUUCUGAAUAAAAGGAAUCUUCCAGGAUUGGGUAGAAGUUGUUUUCGGGCACCAAGAUGAAAAGUAAAAAAAAUGUUGCAAUAUCAGGCAGUGAGACAGAGGAUGAUGACAGCAUGGAUGUCCCGCUGGAUCUUUCCUCUUCUGCCAGCUCAGUCAAGAGAAGGAGACGAGGUAACCUGCCCAAGGAAUCGGUGCAGAUUCUUCGGGACUGGCUAUAUGAGCACCGCUUCAAUGCGUAUCCUUCAGAGCAAGAAAAAGCACUACUGUCAAGACAGACACACCUUUCUACACUACAGGUCUGCAACUGGUUUAUCAAUGCACGCCGCAGACUUUUACCUGACAUGCUGAGGAAGGAUGGGAAGGACCCAAAUCAGUUCACUAUCUCACGAAGAGGGACCAAGAUGGCUGAUGGCAGCCCGGUGGAAUUCUCCAUUGGCACAAAAACCUGCAUUCCACUGAUCGAGAGCUCAUUCCUCUCUAGUAGCACAAGACCAAGCAAGCCUUCUUCCCCAGGAUCUCUUUUGGCUCGGCCAUCAGUAAUUUGCCACACCACGGUAACUGCACUGAAAGAGGCUCCUUUCUAUUUGGGCCAACCAGGAGGUACUGGUCAGACCCCAGAUGACCUUCAGCGGGCCUCGCCUACUAACUUCACAGACAACUCUCGUAUAUACCAUGAGGAUGUGUCUAAGCUGGGACCUAGUACAAAUGCACAGAGUGGGCUUUUCAACACUCCUCCACCAACUCCUCCAGACCUCAACCAGGAUUUUAGUGGAUUUCGUCUCCUGGUGGAUGUUGCACUCAAACGGGCAGCAGAGAUGGAAUUGCAGGCAAAACUCAUGAUAUAAAACAUUCUUCACAUUGUUCCCCAUGGCAGGGAUAUAAUAGAAAGAUGUGACAAUUGUCUAUACGAUAUCAAAGACUAUCUGCAUUUUUAAAAACUAUUCUUAUUUGCACAAGGGAUUGCUGAAAUGAAGCUUCCUGUCACUGAAAUGGUCUUCAGUGGAUUAUGGUCAUUCCAAGAAUUAUAAACUUAAAAACUACUGUAGAAAUGAAAGGGGUUUCUUUUCUUUUCUUUUUUAAACAAAUGUUUCUUAGUAGGGGUUUUUUCAUAAUGUGAGAUGGUUCCCAAGAUCAUGUGAUUUUGUUUUGUUUUUAUUUUCAUUGUUUUUUUUCAGACUGUGCAAUAUUUAGAAACAAGAUUAGUCUUCAUAUCAUUCCCAUGUGGAACAAAAUAUACAAACAGGCUGUCUUAAAACAAAUUCUAGAUAUUAAAACAAGGUUGAAUUUGAAUGAUUAUGAUUUUUCAUGAUGUAAUAAAAUAUUUUCUUUAA